CCCGGCUUUUCCAUGUCCCGUAUCUCUAGUAAUCGACAGGUGUUCGGUUCUAUCCAGUUGGUGAACGAUGGGUCGUGUUAUUCGCGGACAACGUAAAGGCCACGGGUCCGUCUUUCGCUCUCACACGAAACAUCGCAAAGGAGCGGCCAAACUGAGAACUCUAGACUACGCAGAGCGUCACGGUUAUAUCAAGGGUAUAGUCAAGGAGAUCAUCCACGACCCGGGUCGUGGCGCUCCCCUCGCUAGAGUGGCAUUUCGUGAUCCUUACCGUUACAAAUUGAGAAAGGAACUGUUCAUAGCAACAGAGGGGAUGUUCACAGGACAAUUUGUCUAUUGCGGAAAGAGAGCAUCUCUUGCAGUCGGAAACUGCCUGCCAGUAGGCUCCAUGCCAGAAGGGACUGUUGUGUGUGCACUUGAACAGAAACCUGGGGAUGGUGGUAAGAUGGCCAAGGCAUCUGGCAACUACGCAACUGUUGUGUCUCACAAUCUUGACACAAGGAAAACAAGACUACGACUGCCAUCAGGAGCAAAGAAAGUCAUCUUGUCGACAUGUAGAGGCCUCAUAGGUAUUGCUGCUGGUGGAGGAAGAAUAGAUAAGCCUCUACUGAAAGCAGGACGAGCUUAUCACAAGUACAAAGUGAAGAGAAACUCAUGGCCACGUGUUCGCGGUGUGGCGAUGAACCCUGUUGAACAUCCACACGGUGGUGGUAACCAUCAACAUAUUGGUAAACCAUCGACGGUGAGGAGGAACACUCCAGCAGGUCGCAAGGUCGGUCUCAUUGCUGCAAGAAGAACAGGAAGACUGAGGGGAGGAAAGAAAGUAGUAGCAGGAGACAAGGAAUAGACUGCUACAAAGCUUACAAUAGUGAAAUCAAUAUAAAUACAGUGAAAGUCAAUAA